AUGAUUGGCACAGUAGUAUUAUAUAUUUUUUUAUUUAUUUUUUCAUGGUUUUUGUUGAGAUGGUACAAAAAAAUCAAAACUGGUUCCCAGUACAAACUUCCGCCAUGUCUUCCUCACUUCCCGGUGGUCGGAUCCCUCCCUUUUAUUCCGGAUUCAAAAAGAUUUUACGUGUACAUGAUGAAAAAAUCGAAGACACUCGGAAAUGUUAUUGCGUUUUAUAUGGGAGACACGUAUGUCGUAACGUUGAAUGGGAGGGAGGCCAUACAUGAAGCUUUCGUUAAGAAUAGCUCAACAUUUUCUAGCCGCCCGAUAUUUCCAGUGUGCAGAAAAUAUAACCAGAAUCAAAAAGGAUUGGUAGAGCAUCCGUACGAUGAGGAAUUCAAAAUUUUUCACAAAGCUUAUUUGAACAUUUUCAAACAUUUCGGAGUUGGCCAUGGGUUGAUGGAGUCGAGAAUAAACACCGAAGUUGAGAAACUUAUUGAGAGGAUAAAACUUAAGAAUGGUGAACCGUUUAAUCCACUGCAUGAUGUGACAGCUGCGGUUUCUAACGUUGUCAGCAGCAUAUGUUUUGGAAAACGAUGGGAUGAUGGUGACCCAGAACAUGAAGAGUUUUUAAAUAUUUCUGAAAAUUUUGCUCGAGGAUAUUUUAUUAAUUUUUUCCCAAUUUUAAGAUUUUUUCCUUAUUUUAGAAAACCCUAUAAAAGGUUACUAGAAGCUGAAGAAAAGUGGGAAAUAUUCAUUGCUAAAUACAUCGACGACUUAGUUGAAAACGAAUCGAGAGAAAAUUUUUGCAAUAAGUUCAGAGAAGAAAUAUCUAAUGAAUUUUCUACUGAUAAAUUGAGCGAAAUCGAUAAUGAACACCUAACAGUGAUGAUAAGAGAUUUCACAAUUGCUGGAACCGGCACAACAACAAACGCUUUGCUCUGGUUUCUCUACUUGAUGGCGAAUCAUCAGGACGUUCAAAAUCGAGUGAGAAAUGAACUCGAUAGAGUCGUUGGUUUCCGAAAAUUUCCAUCUUCAGAUGAUAAACCAAGUUUGCCCAUUACAGAAGCCUGCAUUUUAGAAGUUUUGAGAAAUCGACCGCUGUUGGGAGUUGCUACACCUCACAUGACUUCGAAAGAUUCUGUGAUAAGUGGAGUUUAUAUCCCGGCAGGCGUGACUGUUUUAGCCAAUUUGUACAGUACACUAAUGGAUCCUGAAGUGUGGGAGGAGCCGGAAAAAUUUAAAAUUGAAAGAUUUCUUAAUAAGGAUGCCACAGAAGUUGUUAACAAGAAACUCGCACUUCCAUUUUCUAUUGGCAAGCGUUCGUGCAUUGGAGAACCACUCGCACUUCAAGAAAUGUUUCAAUUUGGAUCCGCCAUCAUUCAACAGUUUCACAUUCUUCCACCUGAAGGCCAAGCAUGUGUUGAAGCCGAGGAAGUUAUUGGAGUUACGAAUAAUCCUUCGCCCUUUUACGUGAGAUUGAUCAAAAGAUUUUGA